UAAUACAACAAGAAUAUAACAGCCACUUUCUUCAACAACUCUGCGACGACUUUUUUUUUAAUUGUAUGAAGCAGCCUUCUUCUUCUUCCUCCUAAAUUUCUGAUUUCUGCGCUCCUAAAGAAGACUGUAUUAGAGAGAAAGAUAAAAAUGGGUUGGGGAAAUCUAUUCUUCACUGUACUUAUAACGUUUUCAGUAGCGCUAAUUACAUACAAUAUUCUGAUCUCAGCCAGUGCUCCUCUCAAGCAAGAUCUUCCUGGUCCAUCUACUACUUCUUCCUCUUAUAUUUCUGUUGACCCCAUAAUCAAAAUGCCUUUGGAGAGGUCGAAAAGAUACGGAGCCGCUAAGAAAAGGCUGUUCCACACUGCAGUUACAGCCUCUGAUUCCGUGUAUAACACGUGGCAGUGUAGAGUAAUGUACUACUGGUUCAAGAAAUUCAAGGAUGAACCCAAUUCUGAGAUGGGUGGUUUCACCAGGAUCUUGCAUUCCGGAAAACCUGAUGAGUUCAUGGAUGAGAUUCCAACCUUCAUAGCCCAGCCUCUUCCGUCUGGCAUGGAUCAGGGUUACAUAGUCCUCAACAGACCCUGGGCAUUUGUGCAGUGGCUUCAACAAGCAGACAUAAAAGAAGAUUAUAUACUAAUGGCAGAGCCGGAUCAUAUUAUUGUUAAACCCAUACCAAACUUAUCUAAAGAUGGGCUUGGAGCUGCGUUUCCUUUCUUUUACAUUGAGCCUAAGAAGUAUGAGUCAGUCCUCCGGAAGUACUUCUCUGAGGACAAGGGACCGGUAACAAAUAUUGAUCCCAUAGGAAACUCUCCUGUCAUUAUUGGGAAGGAAUCUCUUAAGAAGAUUGCUCCCACUUGGAUGAAUGUUUCCUUGGCAAUGAAGAAGGACCCUGAAACAGAUAAAGCUUUUGGCUGGGUGCUUGAAAUGUAUGCUUAUGCCGUUUCAUCUGCUCUUCAUGGUGUUAGCAAUAUAUUGUAUAAGGACUUCAUGAUUCAGCCCCCUUGGGAUACAGAAGUUGGUCGAAAGUUCAUAAUUCAUUACACUUAUGGAUGUGACUAUGACAUGAAGGGUAAGCUAACCUAUGGAAAGAUUGGAGAAUGGAGAUUUGACAAAAGAUCUUUUGAUAAAUUUCCACCCCCUAGGAACCUUCCCCUGCCUCCACCUGGUGUUCCAGAAAGUGUGGUGACUCUGGUGAAAAUGGUGAAUGAAGCCACAGAAAACAUUCCUAACUGGGAAUCAUGGAAGACAUUUAGGUAAAAGCUACCAAGACGUAUACUUUUGUGUUUAGUUGUGUCGGUGGAGGGCAGCAUUUGCACAAUCUGCGUGUUUCGUUUAUCAGAUGAUGAAAUUAAAAAGAAUCUGCAACUUGUUAGAUUGAUCAUCCAUGGUUACAAGAAAUAUAUUGUUUUUGAGAAAAAUAGAAUAUCAAAAUUUGUAAUUCAAACGAAUAAACAAGUGUUGUAAAUUAGAAUUUUUGUGCUUCUAAAGAUUAUUAUUAUACAUCACAGGUGGCUAACCUUUUGUUUUAGUUUAAA